CACGAGUAAAUAAAAGAAGUAAAUUCUCUUGUUAAAUUUGACGUAUUAUAAAAGCGACCAGACGAUUCCUCGCGGAUUUAGCCACUCGACCAACGAAGUACGUGUGCCACAUUUUUGUUUUUCUUUUCGUUUGACCGGGUGACGCUGCGGGGUGUUCGAAGGACCACGCGUGUUCCAAGCGUAAGUCAUCUUCGCGUCGCACAAAUCGAAAGCGUGUACCCGGCGUUACAAUGACGCUCCGGCCGAUCGUGGUGGCCCUGAUAUGUGGCCUCGCUGUCCAUCUAGCUGCGGCACAAGGUGCCAACUCGAAGUCGCAGGUUAUCGAACUGGACGAGUCCAACUGGGACCGAAUGUUGACCGAUGAAUGGCUGGUUGAGUUCUACGCACCCUGGUGUCCCGCUUGCAAAAGCCUUGCCCCCAUCUGGGAUGACCUUUCGACCUGGUCGGAUGACCUGAACAUCAAAACGGCCAAGGUGGACGUGACGUCAUCGCCGGGUCUGAGUGGCAGGUUCUUCGUGACCGCCCUGCCCACGAUUUUCCACGUAAUCAACGGUGAAUUCCGUCAGUACAAGGGUCCGCGCGAUAUGAACUCAUUCAUGUCCUUCGUCGAGGAGAAAAAAUGGGAAGCGCUCGAGCAGGUGUCCGCUUGGCGAAAGCCGGACUCCAUCCAGAUGUCCCUUGUGUCGCUGUUCUUCAAGCUUUCACACUUCCUGAAAGUAAGUAAAACCCGACUGCGGGAGUUGAACACGAUGCUGCUCAAGGAGUACGGACUUCCGGUCUGGGGAUCGUACACACUGUUCGGCAUCGGUACGGUGCUACUCGGGGCCAUCUUUGGCCUCAUCCUGGUGUGCAUCAUUGACUGCCUGUUCCCACCAAAGUCGGCCCAGCGACAAAGCUUCUCCGAGCACAAGCAAAAGGUGCGCGCCGAAAAGGUUCCCGAGGAACUGCGCGGCGACGAGCUGGUGGACGAGGACGAAGAGAAGCGCACCCAGGAGCUGCAUGACGAAGAGGGUGCUGAUAACGACGACGCCGAAUCGGAGGAGAAGGAAACCUCCGAGGGUGAAAAGUACUCCGGUAGCGAUGACUCGGACGAUGAACUGCAGGAAGAACCAGCGGCGGAGGAGAUGGAAGACGACAAGAAAACGAACGAACCGGCCGUGGCCCCGGAACCCGCAGACGAUAAGAAGGAAAAAACCACCACCAGUCCGGACGUGCGGAAACGUAGACCACGGAAAGCGGACUAAUCGGGUCCGCCCGACUGGACCGAGGGUGCGGAUGUGUUUUUGCUUUCGUGAAUUGUUGCUACCUUUCAACUGGGGCAGCCGCAUGAUAUAUUGCCUGCGUUAUUAUAGUCUAUUUGUCUAAGUUUCUUCUUUCCUAAAUUCUCGAGUAACAAAUUUUCUAUUUUCGAAGGUUGCGAAUACAGAACUGAGUCUUCUAGAGA